CCGCCCUGGCGCCUUGUCACCACCAAGCGGCUGCUACGUGCCGCGUCACGACGCUUCUCCGUGUGGUGUGACGUCACAGCCUCGCGAGAUGAGAAUCGUGACGUCUGGAUUAGCUGUCCGGCAGGAGUCAAGGAGCUAAACGUUAACAGCGAUCCGGGACUGAGGGGAAUAACAACGCGACUGUUCCGGGAAAGCGCGGGAGUGUUAGGCGUAUGAUGCUAUUCCUAUUCAGUCAAGUGUGGUCCUAUGUUCCUGCCCAUUGUCUUCAGUUGUGAGACGCUCCUUCAGACUCCAGCUCUUCACCUGUCCUUGGCAGUGGACCAAGUACCAACAUGGAUGUGAAGGCUGUAGAGUCCAGAACAAACCCAUUGCCGCACCCAGGACAGCAAGAACCGCACUCUCAACAGCCCCGAAAAAAACGACCCCAGGAUUUCAAGUUUGGAAAAAUUCUGGGUGAAGGGUCUUUUUCAACAGUUGUCUUAGCCAAAGAGAUAACAACAGGAAGAGAAUAUGCCAUUAAAAUUUUACAGAAGCGACAUAUUGUAAAGGAGAACAAGGUACUUUAUGUGACCAGGGAAAGAGAUGUUAUGUCCCGUUUGGACCACCCAUUCUUCGUUAAACUUUAUUUCACGUUUCAAGAUGCUGAAAAGCUCUAUUUUGGUCUUAGUUACGCUAAGAACGGAGAACUACUAAAGUACAUACGAAAGAUUGGCUCAUUUGAUGAAACCUGCACAAGAUUUUAUACUGCUGAAAUUGUAUGCGCUUUAGAAUAUCUGCACGAGAAAGGAAUUAUUCACAGGGACCUUAAGCCAGAAAACAUUCUACUUAGCGAGGACAUGCACAUUCAAAUAACAGACUUUGGCACCGCAAAGGUGUUAUCGUCUGACAUUAAACAAGCACGAGCAAAUUCAUUUGUAGGAACAGCACAGUAUGUAUCACCUGAGUUACUGACUGAAAAAUCGGCGUGUAAAAGUUCAGACCUGUGGGCACUAGGGUGUAUCGUUUAUCAGCUGGUAGCAGGAUUGCCACCAUUCAGAGCUGGGAAUGAAUAUCUUAUAUUUCAGAAGAUAAUAAAGCUGGAAUACAAUUUCCCUGAGAAAUUCUUUCCAAAGGCUAAAGACUUAGUAGAAAAACUUUUGAUUCUAGAUCCUACGAAGCGAUUAGGCUGCGAAGAUUUGGGAGGCUAUGGACCGCUUAAAGCACAUCCAUUUUUUGAGACCGUUACAUGGCAAGAUGUGCACCUGCAAACUCCACCAAAACUUACAGCAUAUUUACCGGCAAUGUCUGAAGAUGAUGAGGAUUGCUAUGGGAAUUAUGAUGACCUCCUGAGUCAGUUUGGAUGCAUGCAGGUAGCAACCUCAGCGUCUUCCCCUUCACUGGCACCUCUGGAACCCUUUCAUUCCCAGAGGUCUGGCAGCAACAUAGAGCAAUACAUCCACGACCUUGAUAAUAAUUCAUUUGAACUUGAUCUCCAGUUCUCUGAAGAAGAGAAGCGACUACUUUUGCAGAAGCAGGCAGGAGGAAAUCAGUGGCACCAGUUUGUAGAAAAUAAUUUAAUUCUAAAAAUGGGUCCAGUCGACAAAAGAAAGGGUUUAUUUGCUCGUCGGCGCCAGCUACUCCUCACAGAAGGUCCACAUUUAUAUUAUGUUGAUCCGGUUAACAAAGUACUGAAAGGCGAGAUCCCGUGGUCACAAGAACUACGCCCAGAGGCUAAGAAUUUUAAAACUUUUUUCGUACACACACCAAACAGGACCUAUUAUCUAAUGGACCCAAGUGGAAAUGCCCACAAAUGGUGCAAAAAGAUCCAGGAAGUGUGGCGGCACAGAUAUCAGAAUCAUCAGAAGAGCAGCAUAUAGCAUCCAGUGCUCGUGUCCUCUAAGCUUCCCCUUCUUGCUGCUAGAAAGUCCCUGACACAGCAGAUGAGCUUUACACAGCAGAGCAGAAGAAAAGCCCUUCACCCAUCUCACAGCCACCGUUGCCAUAUAUCUGAUAAUUAAAUGGAAAAAAAAACAAAACAAAGAACAUUUGGAAUAAUGGAAUCCAGGGUUGCUUUGCAUCCUUCUGUACCUCUGUUGGGUUCCAACGCAUAUCAUUUAUGCACAAUUUCUCUUAAUCCUCUGCAAACUAGUAGUUAGUCCUCGCUAUUGCAGCUUCACUUGCAGUUGGUCAAAACACAAAUCCUUGUAUCCACGUGUAUCCUGGCACACCACAUACAGUAAUUCUUUUCCCUUUCAACCAGAUGGAAAGGUUAAUUGCUGAAGCCUAGGGGUGUUUAAAACGUAGAUCGGGAUCCACCAGUAGACCUUUAGUUGGUGAUCAGUAGAUCUCAAAACACGGUCAACAAACUUGUCUAAAUCACCCUCCUGUUUCUUGCUUUUUAUUCAAAUUUUUAUUAUGUUAGGUUACAUACGAAAUAGAUUUUUAAAUAUAACAACAUACAUGUUCCCAUGAAUCAACAUUUAAAGGGAUACUGUCAUGGGAAAACA